UUUUCAACGGGAUUUUUCAACUUUUCGUUUUCAAGCUUGCAUCAUACUUCGAUCAAAUCUUGAAUUCCAUAAUGAUGGAAUCAAUUUCAACCUCUCAAACUCGAAUUCUCCUGAGACAAAUGCCAAGGCGGUGAAAGCGAUUGAAAAUUUUGGAGCAUGAAAAGACAGCGCCGCAUCUUUGUAAAUGGAGACUAUUCGUUUCACUCGCUCUCUCGAAUCUUGAUCACUCAAUUAUACGUUUACAUUAUUGGAGUGGAAUCUCUCAACUUGAAGAAGGCUCCGCUUCUUAUCAAUCUAUUAUUCCUUGUAUCAGGAUGAGGAUAUGCACAGCCUCCGCGUGACGCGUCCAGAUUAUUAUGCGAGAUAGGUUUUGUGGAGAAUUGAAUGGAUUCAACACUAUGAACGGCAAGCAAUGCUGUGGAACUUAACUCUGUUAGGUAAAUGAAGCUUAGCAAGCUCCACAUGCAAGGAAUCAUACAAGUUGGUGGACAGAAUACAGAGAACUACAGCCACUGAAGCCUUUCUUCGUAAGGAUUCAAAGAAGGUGAUUGGAGAAUCUGGUAUUUAUUGACUGGCAUUACAGAAUUUCUUGCUUUUGUUUUAUUGUUUCUUGAUAGCUAUAUUCUCAUUUCCACAAACUCUGCAAAGUGGAAGACACGGUCAUUGUUUUUACACGUCAGACAAAGAUUGAUAGGAUAAAUAUCGCCACUUAAUUACAUUACUAAUACAAGUGUGAUUAAAUUAUAAUCUACAUAUAUCAUAUGGUUAAUUAUUCGUAUAUCAGCAUCAUAAAAUAGUCUUGCCCACUGAAUUAAAAGACCUGUCAACUUGUCCAGCCUGUUUGUAACAGUAAAAUUAAAAAGUUGCUUUUAUUAGUUUGAGCAUCUAAGGAAAGCACAAACUCUUUUGAACGUUCUUUUAUAUAAAUAUAUAUAUAAAAAGAAAGCAAUCUUCCUUAUGUUGUCUCUAUAAAUAGUCUUGCAUGCGAGCUCAAACUCAUAAUACAGCAAGCAUCGGUAUUAGUUUUCUCUUGCACAUUUUUCCUUCAGUAUUUAAAGCCUAUAUAACCAUAUUUGGACCAAAUUUGAAUAAAUUUGGUCCAAAAAGGUUAUAAGGUUUUAAACAAACUUGAAAGAAACCUUAGAUAUCCAGUAUACUUUUGUUGUUGGGUUUCAUUUCAUCUGCAAGGAAAACUCUAUCAUAUUAAGAAGAAGGCAUGGAUAAGGUUAAAAGGUUGGUUGCAGAGAGGAGUGUGGUCAUAUUCAGCAAGAGUUCAUGCUGCCUAUCAUAUGCAGUUAACAUUCUAUUUGGGGAACUUGGAGUCAAUCCUUUGGUGUAUGAGAUUGACCAAGACCCUGAUUGCAGGGAAAUAGAGAAAGCUCUCAUGAGGCUGGGAUGCAAUGCACCAGUACCAGCCGUGUUCAUCGGCGGAAAGCUGGUCGGAUCUACUAAUGAAAUCAUGUCACACCACCUUAGCGGUGAUUUGACCAAAAUGCUGGUGCAAAGCCAUGCUUUGAAUAAAUACUAAUUCUAAUUAAAUUAUUCACUAUUCUGUUGGAGAAGGAAAGCUAAUAAGUUGGCUCAAGCUUAAUAACGAAUAGUUAUGUGAUGUCUUAUGUGUCAAGAAUUAUGUAGCAAUUGUUUAGCUGUGUAGUGUGUAAUAUGUUUGUCAUUAUUAAUGAAGUCAGCUCCUAUUUUAUUGUGUUUA